AUGAAGCUUUCCGCAGCCAUCGUAUCAGCUUCCCUCCUUGGGGUUGCCAGCGCCACGAUUCAGGGCUUUGAUAUCUCCAACUACCAGGGCUCUGUGGACUUCGCGUCGGCAUACAAAUCGGGUGCACGAUUUGUCAUUAUCAAGGCAACCGAGGGUACCACCUAUAUUGACACGGGUUUCUCCUCCCACUGGACUGGUGCCACCAACGCUGGGUUCAUCAGGGGAGGGUAUCAUUUCGCACAUCCCGAUUCAAGCUCUGGAGCUGAGCAGGCCAAGUAUUUCAUCAAACAUGGAGGUAACUGGAGUGGUGACGGCAUCACUCUCCCUGGUAUGUUGGACAUCGAAUACAACCCAUCAGGAAGCACCUGCUACGGUCUGAGCGCUUCUGCGAUGGUCAACUGGAUUCAGGACUUCGUUUCGACCUAUCACUCUACCACCGGCCGCUACCCCAUGAUCUAUACCACUGCCGAUUGGUGGAACACCUGCACUGGCAACAGCAAGGCUUUCUCUGCUAACUGCCCUCUUGUCCUUGCCCGAUACGGUUCCUCCCCAGGAACCAUUCCGGGCGGCUGGGAGUUCCAGUCCAUCUGGCAGAAUUCCGACAGCUACACCUACGGUGGAGACUCCGAUAUUUGGAAUGGUGACCUCAAGGGGCUGCAGAAGAUGGCUAGCGGUUAGACCGAGAAAAAACCGUAGAUUGGAAAAUCUGGAGAGCAGCAACUUCGAAUCCUUUCCAUUGCAUAUUCCAGGUUCGUGUUAGUUUAGUCUAUUGUGCACAUACGAUUCGGGAUGACUGUUAUUGCCAUUGUGGUAAGCGGAAUGGUAUAUGCCAA